AUGACUACGAUCCUCGUGACCCCCGAGCAUAUGGAUUCUCGUACAGCCAUGAUACACCACAUCAUGUUCCGCUCCAUGGACGAUGGAUUAACACAGCCUGUUCAGCAACCGCUCAAGAGCGCCAUUGGCAAUGCUUUCGAUCAGUCAGAUGCAGCAAGAACCGUUGAUCCCGACCUCAUUGCCCAGAUAGCGGCCGAAGUUAAGAAGUCGGUGCUUGAUGAGAUCAAACAGAGUGGAAUUGCCGGUGCAACGCCAGCUCAGCCUGGCCCAGCACCGCCGCAACAACACAUCCCACCUUCGCCUGACUCCACGAGCGCAUCCUUCCCUACUCGAAACGUUUAUACGCCGCCAUCGCCCUUCUAUCAAGACACCUUUGGUCAACACCCACCCGCACACGACUUACCAAGCCGCGAAUCAACAUUCGACGGAAGCACUGACGACCUGCCGACGCCUCGUUACGCUUCGAGCGCGCCUAUUGAUAUUCCACGACGAGAUCGAGCACCUGAACGACCAGCCCCUGCGGUGAGGAUGGCAACGGACGAUUUCACACCCAUCGAGAAGAUGUGGCAGCGCCUAUUUGAUCCGGAAGGUCAUCCUUUGCCGCGCCUCGGAGAGUUCCUUCGUGGCCUUGCAAUGCAUCUGAUCGAAGAUUACGAACCGAAGAAAAGCCUUGUCAUCUCGCCUGCAAAGAUGCAGAAAUUCUAUGAAGACGUCAAGGUCCCGGAUGAGAUUUACCCUUGGCAAACGAUAUUUGGAGAGAUAUCUUACUCCGCAUUGUCCAAGGUUUACCAAAGCAUGCGUUGCCAGCACCACCUCAUCCAAGAGCACCCUGCCGAGCCGCCUUACAUCCCUGCCUUAACCCCACAAGGUUUUGAGGAAUGGAUGACUGCCAUGAUACUGGCUUAUCCUGAUACUGAAUACGAGCGGAUAUCAAAAGCCGUACUGGACAUGCCCAUCAGCAACGCGGACAACGUGAAGGAAAGGUUUCCCAAAGAACUUCCUCGGCGCAUGUUCCCAAGAGCUGAGAACAUACAAGCGCAACAAAGAUGUGCUGCGAACCUGUCUGCUGAAGGUGUCGGCCCGCUCCGCCAAGCGCCAAGUUUCCCACCGCCACCACCCAAGGUCGACGCCAACGCAGCCGGCCCGAGCCUGGAGCGUGAACGGAGUCCAUACGGCGGGCAGCCUGACGUGAAGAGCUCCGACUCUGAAGGCGAACACGAAAUGGGUUUCGUUCCGAUAGAGCGCCAGAGAAAGCCGUACUCGGCCACACCAAGUGGCGGCAAGAUGUAUGAUGAUCUAUCCCAAAGCACACAUUCUGACACCACAUCGACCGGCCAGCGAAGGCGUGCACAGUCGACAGCGAACCAAAGCCAGUGGGCACCACCACCAUCAAGCGACACAUACGAUCAGCAGCAACCACGAUCGAAUACCCGUCGAACUAGAAGUCCCAGCUUCUCAGGCUACGGCACGUACUCCGAAGGCAACAUAAACGAUGUGCCCGCCAGCUACUAUUCAUCAAAUCUGCACAACGUCCAGGAUGAUGGACGCCGCCGCAGCAAAGAUGAAGAUUCGAGAAGACACAAUCGUCACAGACGAGGCACGGUGGGAACAGACAGCUCGUACGAUCCGCAGCCGCGAGCAAGUUAUGAUGACUACAGGGAUCGCGCUGGUGCCGGUGGGUAUGAAAACAGAGGCUACGAUUUCCGCCGUUACUGAGCUGGAACCCCUCGUCGGCAGUCAAGAAUGAAGGCCCUGAGUGCUGCACCUCUUUGCAAGAAAGACGCCACGAAUCAUGUUACGUUGUCGUUAGUAUUCACUUACAAUUCUUGUUGGAGUGACACCCCCCCCCCCUGUACUUGUUGGAUACCCUUCGUUUGUUGUAUACUGGAAGAUGAUUCUCCGAGGAUUGUAGACGUUAAAGAUUUGGGCAGG